AUGAGUUUCCUGAUAGACUCCAGCAUCAUGAUUACCUCCCAGAUACUUUUUUUUGGAUUUGGAUGGCUUUUCUUCAUGCGCCAAUUGUUUAAGGACUAUGAGGUGCGUCAGUACGUUGUACAGGUGAUUUUCUCUGUGACUUUUGCGUUUUCUUGCACCAUGUUUGAGCUCAUCAUCUUUGAAAUAUUAGGAGUGUUGAAUAGCAGCUCCCGUUAUUUUCACUGGAAAAUGAACCUGUGUGUAAUUCUGCUGAUCCUGGUUUUCAUGGUGCCUUUUUACAUUGGCUAUUUUAUCGUGAGCAAUAUCCGACUGAGAUCCUUUUCCCAUUCUCAGCCCAAAACAUGGGAUCUUAUCCAUAGAGAUCCUUUUCCCAUUCUCAGCCCAAAACAUGGGAUCUUAUCCAUAGAACAGCUCAUCAGCCGGGUAGGUGUGAUUGGGGUGACACUCAUGGCUCUCCUUUCUGGAUUCGGUGCUGUCAACUGCCCAUACACGUACAUGUCCUACUUCCUCAGGAAUGUGACUGACACAGACAUUCUAGCCCUGGAACGGCGACUGCUCCAAACUAUGGAUAUGAUCAUAAGCAAAAAGAAAAGAAUGGCAAUGGCACGGAGAAAUAUGUUCCAGAAGGGGGAGGUGCAUAACAAACCAUCAGGAUUCUGGGGAAUAAUAAAGAGUGUUACCACUUCAGCACCAGGAAGUGAAAAUCUUACUGUUAUUCAACAGGAAGUGGAUGCUUUGGAAGAACUAAGCAGGCAGCUUUUUCUGGAAACAGCUGAUCUAUAUGCUACCAAGGAGAGAAUAGAAUACUCAAAAACUUUCAAAGGGAAAUAUUUUAAUUUUCUCGGUUACUUUUUCUCUAUUUACUGUGUUUGGAAAAUUUUUAUGGCAACCAUCAAUAUUGUUUUUGAUCGAGUUGGGAAAACUGAUCCUGUCACAAGAGGCAUUGAGAUCACUGUGAAUUAUCUGGGAAUUCAAUUUGAUGUGAAGUUCUGGUCCCAACACAUUUCCUUCAUUCUGGUUGGAAUAAUCAUCGUCACAUCCAUCAGAGGAUUGCUGAUCACUCUUACCAAGUUCUUUUAUGCCAUCUCCAGCAGUAAGUCCUCCAAUGUCAUUGUCCUGCUAUUAGCACAGAUAAUGGGCAUGUACUUCGUCUCCUCUGUGCUACUGAUCCGAAUGAGUAUGCCUCUAGAGUACCGCACCAUAAUCACUGAAGUCCUUGGAGAACUGCAGUUCAACUUUUACCACCGUUGGUUUGAUGUGAUCUUCCUGGUCAGCGCUCUCUCCAGCAUACUAUUCCUUUACUUGGCUCACAAACAGGCACCAGAGAAGCAUAUGACACCUUGAACUCAUGCCUGUUACAGAUUGCUAGAGGCCAGUGGUGUCAAAAUUUGGAUGUAAGGGGAAAAACUGAAGGGGACCAAGGCCUAAUAGUUUUUUAACAAAAAUGAUGUGGUGGCAUAUUCUACCUCCAGCAUACACCUUCCUCCUCCAUGAUACUGUGAUCAUAAGUAGCAUCAGCUAGAACAUGAAAGGGAGAAGUAACUCAAGGCAGUACUCAGUAGAGAGCAUCCUGUAUAGAUUCGAGGCUGGUGCAGUGCCAGGGAGUCAGGAGAAGAACCAGGGGGGAAAAAUACACUGGACCUCUGGGGCAAGAGAUGUCUAUGGUAGCUGGGCCAAACACAGAGGAUUUCUGUUUUGAGUUAAGGUUCACAUGGAGAAGGUUACGGCUUUCCCUUGAGAUUGUUAUUAAAAUCAAAUUAUAACAAAAAAAAAAAAAAAAAAAAAAAAA